CAGUCCUGACGAAGAGACCAUUCUGUUCCCUACCGAGAUGAAGCUGCUGUUGAUGCUGCUGCUGCUGGCUUUGGAGCUGACUCUAGUCUUUGUCCACGCAGAAGGAGAAACUAGUGCCAGGGGAAAGAACUUUAAUCCAAAAAAGAUUGAGGGGAAAUGGUAUUCCGUUGGCCUGGCCUCUGACAAGAGAGAAAUGAUAGAAGAAGUUAAAUGGAAUCAGAACCUGGAGAUAAGGGUGGAGCAGGCUGAGAAAGCCAGCCCUAUCAAUGUCCUUCAGCACCAGCUCACCUUGUUUUACAGAAUAAAUGGAGUGUGCACCGGGCUGUAUUUAGUUUGUGAUGAAACAGAAAAGGAUGGUGAAUAUUUUGUUGAAUAUGAUGGGCGCAAUAAGUUUACUGUGCUUGAUACAGACUAUGAUGGUUAUGUUAUAUUUCAUCUCAGAAAUGUCAACAAAGGGGAGACAUUCCAGCUGAUGGAGCUCUAUGGCCGGAAACAAGACUUGAGUUCCAAAAUCAAGGAAAAGUUUGCGGAGCUCUGCAAGAAGCAUGGCAUUGUUGAGGAAAACAUAUUGGACCUAACUGAGGCUGAUCGCUGUCUCCAGGCCCGAGAUGGAGGAAAGGCCUGAGCUUCUGGUGUCGAGCGGGGACCCCUCACCUGGACCUCAGCAUCAUCCCUCCCUGUCCACACACCGUCCUGUGACAAGUUCUGUGAUCCGAUUCCCAUCACUGACACCCAGGAAAGCUUACUCCCUGCAUCCCCAGAAUCUUCCCUGAUUACCUGGGAGGACUCAUGGAGAAUCAAAGGCUUUCUUUUAAAUUUCUCUUUGCCACACCCACAACUCUCCAUGAAUG